GCCUUUGACGUCAUUAGCGCGGGAAAAAUAACAGGAAGUGACGACGUGUUCUCCAAAUUGUCCUGCAGAAGAGAUGAAUACUUCAUCAGUGUCGAAGGGAUGCUUUGUCUUUAAACCAAGUUCUAAGAAGAGAAAGCGCACUGUAGGUAUAGAUGAAUAUUUUGUGGAUGGAAAUGACGAUUGCGGGAAUGGCAGAGAACGUUUUAACAUUUGUCAAAAACUUUGGGAGAAGAUUAAAAUGGACACAGAGAUCUUGCAAGAUGAACUAAAUGAGAAAAUACUGGAAAGCCUUUUAGAUUUCAUCAAAAAGUGUACCUUGAGCUUCCAGUCAAGAACAGAUGAUUGGGCAUCUCGCAUGAGGGCCAGUGAAAUUCCUACAGCUGCCUUGGUGCUUGGGGUGAAUGUUCCAGACCAUGACAUGACAUUUCAGAGCCUGUCUGACCUCCUGAAGAAUUCGGUCACCCCUUUUUCUGUCUCUGUGCAAGCCAAAGAGUGUACAGCUCUGAAGAACUUGAUGCAGAGAGUUUUGGAAAGACUGAUGGGUGUAGGAGUGUCUGUGGAGGAAGAUGAGGAGGACUCUGGCAUCCAUUUACCACAGAAGAGGGUGUCUUGCUCAAUCAGUGUGCUGUGUCAGUGGUACAAAACUGUUACCAAGAAACAUGCCAUGAAGUCUCCAGACAAGACAUGUUCAGAGAAUGGCUUCUUACAGAGUCCACCAAUUGUGGUGAUCUUCAAAGAUUUUGAAGCUUUCAACCCACGAGUUUUACAGGAUUUCAUCCUUAUCUGCAAUCGGUACAUCCAUGAGCUUCCACUGAUCUUUGUCUUUGGCAUCGCCACAUCGCCCAGCACCGUUCAGCACAUUUUGCCACACUCUGUGUCCUCUCUGCUGUGCAUUGAACUUUUUCAGUCACUAUCCUGUACACAGCAUCUUGCUACCGUCAUUGACAAGCUGAUUCUGACCUCACAGUUUCCCUUCAAGCUCACUGGUAAGGUUCUACAGGUGCUGGUGAGCAUCUUCCUGUACCACGACUUCUCUGUACGCAACUUUGUCAAAGGCCUGCAGUUAGCCCUCUUGGAGCACUUCCAUUCCCAGCCUCUAAGUGUGCUAUGCUGUAAGAAACAGGAGGCCCGGCACAAUGCUCAGAAGUUAAGCCAUAAGGAUGUGGAGAUGGUCCGUCAGCUGCCCUCCUUCAUGAGAUAUGUAGAGACUCAGGAACCCCAGGAACAGGUGCAGCUUCUUACCAGUGAUGAUCAUGUUAAGGAGGUUUGUCAGAUGUUACUGAAAGGCCUUCGAAAAUACCAUAAGAACUACUACCCCAUUCUCCGCUGUCUGCAUUCUCUGACCGCAUCUCUGCCAAAGUAUCCUCUGGGGAAACAAAUCCGGGAGCUCCAUAUAUCCUGCCUGGAAAAGAAUGUAUGGGAGACAAAUGAGUAUGAAUCUGCUAUGCAGCUUUUGAGGUUGCUGGCAAAAGAUGAGCUUGUUGCAGCAUUGAGAAAGUGUGCGGACAUUCUCAAGCCAGGCAAGACCAAGAAAAUGAAAAGUGCAUUACAGCAGCUGGAAGACUAUAUUAUCAGAUUUGAGCAGCUUGACGGCAUGUCUAUAGAGACUCUUUCUGGGGAAGAGAUCACUUCGCCCGGGAAGGAUCUCCAAAAGAAAACUGAUCUCUUCCAACUUCAAAAAACCCUCUUGGAGAUGAAAGGGUCCAGAAGAACAAAAAAAAUGAGUCCAUUUGAAAUUCUGAGAAAUGAGACUCUAGAUUUUAUCGAUGGCCUUGUGAGGAGUCACCUGACCCCUCCAGAGUUGCAACCACUGAAUGAGGUGUGCUACUACAGCUCCUCUGGGGUCCUGCGGCGACACCUCAACGCUACUCCCCGAACCUCCAUCCAAACAGCACUUAGUCACCCCUUCUACUUCUUGCAGAAUGAAAACCUGAAAACAGAUGCUGGCACAGUCUCCAGUGCUGCUCCAGAUAUCUGCAUUGUCUACAAGCUCCAUCUGGAGUGUGGGAGGCUCAUCAACCUAUAUGACUGGCUUGAGGCGUAUGCAACAGUGGUCUCAGCUGCUGAAGGCAAGGAUCCUGACGCAGAAGACUACGGCAAAGUAGAUGAACUCAAGCAUGCUCGUUUCAUUCAAUCUGUGUCUGAGCUGGAGUUCCUAGGAUUUGUGAAAUCAACAAAGCAGAAAACUGACCAUGUGGCAAGACUGACUUGGGGAGGCUGUUAAUUGAGACCUAUUUUGAUGAUACAUUUUUUCUUAAUAAAAUACUAUUUGUGAGAA